AUGUAACCAAUAAUCAUCAUUGAUUCAAAUUCUGUUUACGAUUGCAGAACUCACAGUUUAAUUAAAUCAUGCAAAUUUGAUAUCAAUGUCAUAUUAGGUUCUUUUAGUAAAACAAUACCAAAAGAUUAAUGGUAGAUAAAAAUGAAAACUAUUUCAUUACUCCUUUUAACUAGAUUUCCAUAAGAAAUCCCUAAAAUAUUUUAGAUACUUGAAGUAUAAGGUUGUAAAACAGAUAUUAUUAAAGAAAUGUAUACAUAAGAAGAAAUUCAAAAUAUAUUGCAUUAGAUAUUAGAAAAUAAUGAAAAAAAGUAAUUAAUUGAAAAUGAUUAAAAAAAUUAAAUUGAUUCUACUGAAUUUGAGUAGAGAUUUAUAAGAAAUAAUAUUUAAACAUAAAACAUACCUUAAUUAUCAGAAGAUCUAUAAAGGAAUAUACCUUUAUCUGUAGGAAUCAAUAUAAAUAAUUUAGUUGAAAAUUUAAAAGGAUUUUGCAUUAAGUAUCCUUGGUGGAAUCAAUUUUAUAAAAGAAUUAAUUAAUCAAAAAAUGAAAUUGAAGCUGAAAAUAUACUUGUUGAAAUAGCUCCAAUUUUAGUAUAAAGAUUAUAUAAUUUAAAAAAUAAAUCUUAAUUCUAGAAUCAAGAUAAUUCAACAAAUUAAUAGAAUAGAUAGAUGGAUUUUUCAAAAUUUUAAAUGGAAUAGAUAUGUUAAAGAUUACUAGAAUUGAUUAAUUGUAAUGAUUUGGAUGUUGAAUUUACAGAUUUAAAUGUAUUAGAAUCUGCUGAUGAACAAUUUUUAGAAUUUCUCUCUAUUAUUUUUUAAGUACUCAAAUAGAUGAUGAAAAUAAAUGCAACUAUUGAAUUAAAUGAUAAUGAAGCCACUUUCUCACUCACAGGUGUUAUAAAAAGAUUUCAUAAUUAUUCUUAAAAUCAAUUAUUAGCUUAAUCACAUAUGUUUGCAAUUUCAUUAUUAGAAAAUAUAAGAAGACAAGCUUAAAUUAAUUAAAGUACUUUUGAAAUAGUUGCAUCUAUUUUAAAGUAAUUGAUGCCUGAUGAUAAUGAACCAUUAAUGAGAACAUUAACUGAUCGUAUUGAAUUUAAUAAAUAAUAAAGGGAUAAGAGAAAAAUGGCUAAAGAUAUGAAACAAUAAGUCUAACAAUAAUAAAUGAACUAUUAAGGAAUCAAUUCAAAUCUUAAUAAAAAGUAAAAAAUUAAUCAUACAAAAUAAAAAUAAUUAGAUGAUUAUUUAAAAUUAGAAAUAGCAAGAAAUCAAUAAAAGGAAGAAUAUUUUCCUAAAAAGAAAGUUAAAAAAGUCACUAAAACAAUUACUGUAGAUACAUCAGAGGAAUCUUAUCAAUCAUCUUUUUCCUUCAAAGGUGAAGAUAAAGUAUAAUAAGAAUAGAAACCCAUAUACUAUCCAAAAUUAGGUUAAUAAUACUAAUAUCCAUCUAUGAUGUAUCCAUAUUAUAAUCCAUAUUGUUGGUAAUAUCCUUAUCAAUAACCUCUUUAACAUCAAAAUUAAUUUAAUGAAAAACAAUUAUCAUAAAUUUUCAAUAUGGGUUUAGAAGCGUAUAAUGAUAGAAUUCUUCGAGAAUGA